AGGAGGAGGAGGACCGGAGCCUGCUGGUGAGCAAGCCGCUCUGGAUUCGUGUCCAGCAGAUACCAGAGGCCUGCAAGGGAUGCGGAGACCUUGCCUCUACCCCAAAACCUACCAUUCAGAGGGCAGCUGCUGAAGCCCGGGGCUUUGGUGUGCAGGAGGUCUCCGGGCACGAGGCGGUCCUUUCUAAGAAGGGACGAAGCGACAGAGCGGCUGGAUGCCAGGGCUGGAUGGAGCCACUGCUCCACGCGACGCGCUUUGCAUCCUCUGCACUUGAGCUGAGCAGAAAAACACAGUGCUCCACAGCAGCAGGACUGUUGCCCAGAGAUAGAAGAUGAGUGGACCCCUUCAGAACAACGAGUCAAGCAACACAGGAAGCAACCUGAUUGGAAGUGAACACACGGAGAUGUGUGGUGGUGGGAGUAACUUCAUAGCUGGUGUCUUCAUCCAGGCCAAGAAUAAGAAGAUGAGCAUCUAUGAUGCCAUGAUGAGGGGGCUCCUGACGCCAGGUACGGCCCUGGUGCUGCUGGAGGCGCAGGCUGCCUCAGGGUUCCUCACUGACCCGGUAAGGAAUGCCAAGCUAUCAGUGAAAGAGGCACUGACCGCGGGACUUAUAGGCAGAGAUUUUUAUGAGAAGCUUUUGUCAGCAGAGGGAGCCGUGACAGGGUACACAGAGCCAUACACAGGACACAAGAUCUCCCUCUUCCAGGCCAUGAAGAAAGAGUUCAUCGUCAAGGAGCACGCUAUCCGCCUGCUUGAGGCCCAGAUCGCCACCGGCGGCAUCAUCGACCCCAUCAACAGCCACCGCCUCCCCGUGAAGGUGGCCUACCAGCAAGGCUACUUGGACCAGGAAAUGUGCCAGUUUCUUCUGAACCACAAGAAUCAAACAAGAAGUUGUUUUGACCCCAACACGCAUGAAAACCUCACUUAUACACAGCUCCUCCGCCGCUGCGUGCCCGACCCGGACACGGGGCUGCUCAUGCUCCAAGUGAUGGACAAGGGCUCGGUGCUCUACCAGCUGACCGAGGACGCCCGCAAAGCCCUGCAGGCUGCCCGCACCACCGUCAGCGUGGGGCUCUUCCAGGGCCAGAGCGUCACCGUCUGGGAGCUCCUCUUCUCUCGCUACAUCUCUGAUCGCCAGAGAGAGGAGCUGCUGAGGAAAUAUAAGGUGGGGACGGUGACCAUCCCAGAAAUGAUCACCACUCUCACUGCCAUCAUCACCAAGGCAGAAACAGGAAACCAGGAUCUGAGCUCAUCCACAGUAACACCCAGCUGUGAGGUGGGAUCACCACAACCUGUACAGGACACACACUCCCAGGAGCAGCAGUUGAGAAAGUCAUUAAAGUCUGCGACCAUCUAUGUCACUGCUGGUGAGUUCCAGGGACAAAAUGUUUCCUUGCUGGAUCUGCUCUUUUCCAAAUACAUCCCUCAGGGGAAGCGGCAGGAGCUGCUGGAGCUGUACAGAGCAGGCAUACUGACCACAGAACAGGUGGCUACUGUCGUCACCACCACGAUCAACAAAACAGAAGCUGCCAAUACCACACUCACAGCAAAUACCAGAAGUCCACAGAAGGUGGUGACAAGGGCAGAGGAAAAUGGAGAUGAUGUUUCAGCACAAGAUGCACAACUAGAUAACGUCUUGAAGUCUACCACCAUUGACAUGCCAGCUGGUGAGUUCUCUGUGUGGGACCUGCUCUUCUCUGACUACAUCCCUGAGGACAAAAGGCAGGAGCUUCUGGAGCUCUACCGUGGAAGGGUAUUAACCCUGGAGAAGAUGAUAACUGUUGUCACCACCCUCAUUAAGAAAAAAGAAUCUACAGGCAGGAAAUUCCUAAUUGCAGUGAAGACUUCCAACAAGGACACUGUGCCAGUGGCAGGAGAGAAGGAUGCUGACUCCUCCAAAGAAGAACCAUGGGAAACAGCCUUGAAAAACACAGUUGUCGACAUGGAGGCUGGAGAGUUUCAGGGCCACAAGGUCUCUGUGUGGGACUUGCUCCACUCGAAGUAUAUCCCCGAGGAGAACAGAAAGGAGCUGCUAGAGCUGUACCAGGCAGGAGAGUUAACCCUUGAGCAGGUGGAAACUGUUGUCAGCACUAUUGUAACCAAGGCAGAGGAAGCAAGAGCAGCGCAAUCAGCACAUGAGAGUAGUCCAACGGCAGAGACAACAGUCCCUGAAGCUGAGCACACCCACCACCUGCAAGAGGACAGGACCUGGGAAGAAACCCUGAAGUCCACCACAGUUGAGAUGGCAGUGGAUGAGUUCCAGGGGAGGCAAGUCUCCGUGUGGGACCUGCUCUUCUCUGACUACAUCUCUGAGGACAAAAGGCAGGAGCUUCUGGAGUUGUACUGUACUGGGACACUGGCCUUGGAGCAGAUGAUAACUGUUGUCACCACCCUCAUUAAGAAAAAAGAAUCUACAGGCAGGAAAUUCCUAAUUGCAGUGAAGACUUCCAACAAGGACACUGUGCCGGUGGCAGGAGAGAAGGAUGCUGACUCCUCCAAAGAAGAACCAUGGGAAACAGCCUUGAAAAACACAGUUGUCGACAUGGAGGCUGGAGAGUUUCAGGGCCACAAGGUCUCUGUGUGGGACUUGCUCCACUCAAAGUAUAUCCCCGAGGAGAACAGAAAGGAGCUGCUAGAGCUGUACCAGGCAGGAGAGUUAACCCUUGAGCAGGUGGAAACUGUUGUCAGCACUAUUGUAACCAAGGCAGAGGAAGCAAGAGCAGCGCAAUCAGCACAUGAGAGUAGUCCAACGGCAGAGACAACAGUCCCUGAAGCUGAGCACACCCACCACCUGCAAGAGGACAGGACCUGGGAAGAAACCCUGAAGUCCACCACAGUUGAGAUGGCAGUGGAUGAGUUCCAGGGGAGGCAAGUCUCCGUGUGGGACCUGCUCUUCUCUGACUACAUCUCUGAGGACAAAAGGCAGGAGCUUCUGGAGCUGUACUGUGCUGGAACACUCCCCAUUCAGCAACUCAUCAGCACCAUCAGCAGCAUUGCAAUUGCCAGCAAAGAAAGGAAACUUGCAACCCUUCCCCAGCAGACAGUGGAUCUCCUCCAGUCUGAGGGCUCCUACAUUACCUUUGGCCAAUUCCAGGAGCAGAGGGUGUCAGUAUGGGAGCUCCUCUCCACCAAGCAAGUCUCUGAGUACAAACGAGAGGCACAUCUUGACACUUACGGCACAGGGGGGCUGACUGUGAACAAGAUCACCAUCACCACCACUGUAGUCACGGGCCCACAGGGAAAGAAGAGACACCACCAGGACCACUAGCACUACCUGCCCCAGAAGAGGAUUAAGCUCUACCUCCUAUGGAAAAUGCAACCUGGGCUCUUCUGAGAAUUGGCUCUCCAUGCAAUACAGUUAUGGACAGGAAAGAGUGGUGAUGAACCUGUGUGUGGAACAGGGUGGUCUCCUGGUUAAACUCUUUCCUGUCUCAA